AUGAAAGGGCGCGUGGUGAAGCUCCGUGAGGCGCACAAGGCAGGCUCGCCGGCCCUCUGUUGCGCCUCCUGGGGGCCUAGCGGGCAACAUGUCGUCACCGCUUCUGCUGCCGACACAGCCGUCCUGAUCCACGACGCCGCCACGGUGCUCGCCGGCGGCCGGGGCUCGGGUUCGUCGCCGGUGGUUACUAUCCGUCUCCACAAAGACGGCGUCACUGCACUCGCAGUCGCGCCGGGCCCCAGCGGCUCUCUGGCAUCGGGAUCCAUGGACCACUCCAUCAAGUUCUACACCUUCCCAGAGGGGGAGUUCCAGAGCAAUGUCGCCCGAUUCACCCUGCCGAUCCGAUCACUCGCCUUUAACAGAAAAGGCACCCUGCUGGCGGCCGCAGGCGACGACGACGGCAUCAAGCUGAUCGCGACCAUUGACAACACCAUCUCGAAGGUGCUUAAGGGACACAAGGGCUCCGUCACUGGGCUGGCGUUCGACCCGAGGAACGAUUACCUAGCAUCCGUCGACAGCAUCGGUACCGUCAUCUAUUGGGAUCUUUGCAUUGGUGCUGAGGCCCGUACUUUGACGCGUGUCGCUCCCACAUUUCGGUCGGAUAACUCGGUCAGGAAUAUUCUGUGCUGGAGCCCUGAUGGUCAGACCCUUGCUGUGCCUGGGUUGAGGAAAAAUGUGGUGCUGUAUGAUAGGGACACAGGGGAGGAGGUGUGCACGCUAUAUGGAGAUCAUGAACAACCAGUGAGCUGCCUUUGCUGGUCUCCCAAUGGGAGAUACCUGGCCAGUGCUGGCCUGGAUAGGCAGGUGCUCAUCUGGGAUGUGAAGUCAAGGCAGGACAUCGAGAGGCAGAAGUUUGACGUUAGGAUAUGCAGCUUGGCCUGGAAACCAAAUGGAAAUGCUUUACUUCUGAUUGAUGUCAUGGGCAGGGUUGGCAUUUGGGAAUCAGUCAUACCUUCGACUAUGAAGUCACCUAAUGAGGGCAUACCUGAUCUCAACUCUACUAAGGCUCCUCUAUUUGACGAUGAUGACGAUGACGAUGACGAGGACGAGGAGAAGCCAAGUACCUCUGGUGGCUUGGAGGAUGAUAUGGACGAAACUCUUAGUGAUUCAACACCUUUCAGCCACAAGAGACCAAGGAGGAAGUCCACAUUCGACAGAGAUAGUGAUAAUGAGGAUUUAACACAUCAAAUGGAAUCGACCAAAAGAAUGAAAGAUAAGCAUAAUAAAAAAGAGGAUGCUGGAAAGGCAAGAGGUGAUUCUGCCACUUCAGCAAGGCUAGUUACUGCAAGAAUGCAAGCUGCUUUCCAGCCUGGAUCAACACCACCUCAGCCUGGCAUGCGAAAUUUCCUCGCAUACAACAUGCUUGGAAGUAUUACUACUAUUGAAAAUGAGGGGCAUUCACAUGUGGAGGUUGACUUCCAUGACACAGGAAGAGGACCUAGAGUUCCUUCCAUGACAGACUAUUUUGGUUUCACAAUGGCUGCAAUGAAUGGAUCAGGAAGUGUGUUUGCAAAUCAAUGCAAGGGUGACAAGAAUAUGAGCACUCUAAUGUACCGCCCUUUUGGUAGCUGGGCUGGUAACAGUGAGUGGUCAAUGAGAUUUGAGGGGGAAGAAGUGAAGGCUGUGGCUCUUGGUGCUGGAUGGGUUGCUGCAGUCACAAGCUUAAAUUUUUUGCGCAUUUUCACCGAAGGAGGCUUGCAGAUGCAUAUCCUCUCAGUCAGUGGCCCGGUUGUUACAGCAGCAGGUUAUGAAGACCAGCUAGCUAUUGUGUCACAUGCUUCUGAUUGUCUGCCCUCAGGAGAUCAGGUGCUGGAUGUUAAAGUAUUCAACAUAUCUGAAGGGGCACAAUCAAUGUUUGGUCGUCUUGUUUUGACACCAUUGUCUCAAUUAUCUUGGUUUGGAUUCAGUGAGAAUGGCCAACUUAGUUCAUAUGAUUCCAAGGGAAUACUAAGGGUUUUUUCCAGUCAGUUCAGUGGAAGUUGGCUUCCAUUAUUUAGUUCGUUGAAGGCAAGAAAAUCCAAAGAUGAAAGCCAUUGGGUGGUCGGUUUGGAUGCAAAUAAUGUAUUCUGCAUUUUAUGCAAAACCCCUCAAUCUUAUCCACAUGUGAUGCCCAAGCCUGUGCUAAGCAUACUUCAUCUGUCAUUUCCCCUUGCGUCAUCAGACCUUGGGGCUAAUAGUUUGGAAAAUGAGUUCUUGAUGAGGAAGCUACAGCUGUCACAGAUUCAAAAUAAAAUGGAAGAAAUGGCUGCUUUGGGCCUUGACACCACCACAUAUGAUGAUGAAGCAUUCAACAUGGAGGCAGGACUUGACCAGUGCAUUUUGAGGCUCAUCUCUAUCUGCUGCAGUGGUGAUAAGCUCGUUCGAGCUUCUGAGCUUGCAAAAUUAUUGACACUAGAGAAGUCAAUGAAGGGAGCGCUAACACUAGUGACCCGCUUGAAACUUCCCUUGUUGCAAGAGAAGUUCAGUUCCAUAAUUGAGAGUUUCCUGUUUCAGGAGAGGAUGUUAAACAAUAAAAUAAUAGCUGGGACAGGAAGAUUUUGCUCCAAUGCUACAAUCAUGACGAGCACAACAGUGCUGACCACUCAGGCAACUCUACCUUCUAAGUUUAUGCAAGAUGGGAACAGUUCGCUGGAAUCUUCAUUACCCAAACCGAAUCUUGUCAAUCAACAAUGCAGUUCAACUGAACCAAAGAAUUCAGCAGGAGAACAAGGGAUUGAAAUUAAGGAUAGCACUGGAAAAGUUUCAUCUGCUUUUAUUCCAUCUACCAAGGUACCUAAAAGCAGCGAAACAAAGAAACACAGAAAUGGAGCAUCCAAUUCAGCUGUAGUCGACCAGAAUCAGGAAGGAGACAUUGAUCACACUGGUGCAAAAAAAUUGAGCACUGAAUACUGCAAUCGAGCAGAGCCUCAGCGGCCAGUUAACCCUUUUGCAAAAUCAUCUUCCAGUAAAGAACAGUCAUCAUCCCUUUUGGAUUCCAUAAAAAAAAUGAAAGUUGACAAACCCAAUAGUAGAAUUUGA